UAACAAAUUCAAAUCCACAAUUCUUCAUUUCUUAGUUUCCAAGAUUGGUAUUGCAAGCAUAUAUUACAGUGUUCUUUCAUCACUGUAUAUUCUAUUCUUCCUUUCAUGGUUUCAUUAUCCUUUGAUCUUUCGCCAUUAGAGGAAGUUUAUGGAAAUGGGUUUUCGUUUUUGGGUUCUGGGGUUUUGUUUUUGGGUCUGUUUCUUCUUUAGCUGUUCUGGUUCUGUGAACUCCAACGGUGAGGAAGGAGAUGGGUUUCUGAGCGGGACGGUUUCGAUCGAUGGCAAAUCCGCCAUUGGAGGUAUCGAUGAAGAUUUCAUUUGCGCUACACUCGAUUGGUGGCCUCCGGAGAAAUGCGAUUAUGGAACGUGUAGUUGGGGCCAAGCUUCUCUGCUUAAUCUGGACCUAGGCAGCAACAUUCUAUUAAAUGCAAUCAAAGAAUUUAAGCCCCUGAAGCUUAGAUUGGGUGGCACUUUGCAAGAUAAGCUCAUAUAUGAUACUGAAGAUCACAAGCAGCCAUGCAUUUCUUUUAAAAGAGACACCAAAGAGUUGUUUGGCUUCACUCAAGGCUGCUUACCCCUUGACAGAUGGGAUAAACUAAAUGACUUCUUCAAGAAAGGAGGAGCUAAGAUUAUCUUUGGAUUAAACGCUCUCAAUGGACGAAAGUUUGCAUCAAAUGGGUCCGCUGUAGGGGCUUGGAAUUACAUGAACGCUGAAUCGUUCGUGCGUUAUACUGUCAAAAAGAACUACAUAAUUCAUGGUUGGGAGUUUGGGAAUGAAUUGUGUGGGAGUGGAGUUGGAACAAGAAUUUCAGCAGAACAGUAUGCUUCUGAUACAAUUGUUUUUCAGAAGAUGGUCCAAAGCAUCUACAACGGGGUCCAAACCAAGCCGUUAACCAUAGCACCUGGAGGAUUCUUUGACGAAAAUUGGUUCAAAGAAUUCGUUGAUAAAACUACCCCAACACUGGAUGCUGUCACACACCAUAUAUACAAUCUAGGAGCAGGAGUCGACAAGCAUCUUGUCGAAAGGAUUCUUAACCCGUCCUAUCUCAAUGGCAUGGUCGAGACGUUUUACAAGCUUCAUGAGGUCCUUAGAAACUCGCGAAGUUCAGCUAAAGCAUGGGUUGGGGAAGCAGGAGGGGCUUACAGCAGUGGGCAUAAUCUGGUCUCUAAUGCAUUCGUUUCGAGUUUCUGGUACUUGGACCAGCUCGGUAUGGCAGCCACUUUUGAUACGAAAACAUACUGCAGGCAGACGUUGAUUGGUGGAAACUAUGGUUUACUGAACACGACAACCUUUGAACCGAAUCCAGAUUAUUACAGUGCACUCCUAUGGCAUCGCUUGAUGGGGAGAAAUGUUCUGUCCACGAGGUUUAACGGGACGAAGAAAAUACGAGCCUACGCACAUUGUUCUAAGCAAUCUAAAGGAAUCACAUUACUAUUGCUCAACCUAGAUGGAAACACCACAGUUCAUACUGAGUUAGCAUUCAACAGAACGAGCGGGUUACACUAUAAACACAGAUCCUAUAAGAAUAAGCAAAAGGUUGUUCGGACAUCUCGACCUUACGGUCGAGAAGGCGAAGCCUUCAGAGAGGAAUAUCAUAUAACAGCCAAGGAUGGGAACCUGCAUAGUCAAACAGUGUUGCUAAAUGGAAAGAUUUUGUCUGUAAAUUCAUCAGGGAACAUACCUUCAUUGCAGCCUAAGCAAGUGAAUUCAUCUGAACCAAUAACGGUCGCACCCUUUUCGAUCGUGUUCGUUCACAUACCGAAUAUUGUUCUUCCUGCUUGUAGCAAUGUAUGGAACUGAAAAUCAGUUCCAGAUUGGUGAUUUUCUAAUCAGAGAACAAUUCUAAUAAGAGUCUUUGAAUCAGAAGAUACACAUUUUACACAACA